AUACCUGGUUCGUCUGCAAAAUGGAUACUGCUGCGACCCCUUGAAGGACUGCUGUCACUAGCCACCACUGAAGAAGACGACCCGUCCUGUGGAUUAAUAUCUCAGAAAAAGUGUAAAAAUACACUUUGUUUCGGGUCGUUUUGAGCGUCCACUCGCUUCACUACGCUACUGUAGCUCAGUUUGUUCCCUACAGGCCAAGAUGACAGAGAGGCCCAAAUGGUGGAAGGCAUUCCUGCCGAAGAAGAAGACAGGAGCCUCCAAGGACACCAGUACUACAUCCCAUGCCUUGGACCCGGACUUUGACCCUUUUGCACAACGGCCCGAGAAGCAAAAAGACCCCGCAGCCUCCAAGACCAGCGUCGAGUCCAGCAGAAACACCAGCCUCCUCAGUGACGACACCUACGACGACUCCCAGCUGGAGUCGGUGUUCAACGAGCAGACGUGUCGCAGGAACAUGAAUGUGUCACGCUCAGGUCGAUAUAGACAGAAGCAAAGGGUGCGUUCGAGCCUUCCUAUACAGGAGAAAGAGACAGAUAAUGUGCCAUCAGGGAAGGAGGACAAGCGGUGACGGUGAGGAGGACACGGUGGUCAUCAAAGACUGCUUUAUGAGGAGAUGCUUGAAGAAAAGGAGAGGGUAUUAAGUACAUGAAUGUGCCUCACUCUCUUGAGGCAUACCGAGAGGUCUGCUGUUUGUAACGAUGGUGAUGAAGAAGAUGACAAGGAGCAUUCAAGUUUUAGCCCAAUACUGCAGGAAUGAGGUUAUGUGGUGUAUGACAUUUAGGACAUGUAGGAAAUUUGGACAUUUUUGUUGAAGGACUUGUGCCAGAUGGCCACAGAAACAAAAAGGAUUUGAAAUUUAAUAUAUAAUUGUUCUUAAGGAUGGUUUUCGAAACCUUUCCACCAUUAAUAUCCCAUAAUCAAAGAACAAAAGAAGAGAUACAGUACUAUUGCUGUAAGCACUUAAGAGCUCUGUUUCAGUGCAUCGUUGGACAAAUCAUAAAAUUACCUACAACCUUUUUAAAAGAGCACAAUCCAAUUUUCUGUCAAUACUCAAGAUUAUGGCUGCAGUAAAUAAUUAUUUUUAUCAUCGACUAAUCUGCCAAUUAAUUUCUCUAUUAAUCGAUUAGUCGCUUGGUCUUUAAAAUGUCAGAAAAUAGUGAAAAAUAUCCAAGGUGAUGUCUUUUGUAAGCCACAACACCAAAUAUAAUUGGAUUAUUAUGAUACAACUAUAACUAACUACUUUAGGCUUAAAAAAACAGUAUUUUCUGCCAUUUUUGCAUGAAAAAUUAGUUUAAUGAUUAAUUGAUAAUCAAAAUACUUGCCCAUUUUCCUUUUUAUGUCAUUGCAACUCUACUCCUCUCAACACUCUCUUAAGUGUGAUAUGCUCCAGGAAAAUAUUGUUCAUAAGAUGUUUACCUUAUUUCUAUAAUAAGAAUAAUAUAUGUUGUGAUAAUGAAGGAGAAUGCUCAUUUUAUAAUUGCUUUUACAAAAACUGUUGAUUCUAAAGGGUUAGAAGGAUGUUUUAUGAAGGUGUAUAUUGAUUUUUUUUGUGUGAAACAAAAUCGGUUAGUGGAAGAAAUUGAAAAAUUCUUGUGAGCAGCUUUUAGUCAGAUGCACAACCAGCAAAAUGAAUGAAGUACUUUGAAUGAAGGAUGAAAUGCAUGUUGUGUUACAUAAUGAGUGCAUAUAAACUACUGCUGACAAUGAAGAAAGAAACUAAUGUUGUAAUAUCCAGCUGAAGAAGAUAUGGCCAUGUGGCCUGUGAAUACUAAAAUGAAGGCAAAAUAUGAUAAAUAAA